GGAAAGCAGUGGAAAAAGUACAUACUUUAAAAUGAUGUAGCAUGGUUGCCCUUACAGAAAAUCAGAUUUAGCUAAACUUCUGUAGAGCCAAAAUUAUUACCCUAAAUAAAUAAAUACAUCACAGAUACUCCAGAGAAGGGAAAUUUUUUCUUUGCAUUGAAUUAUAAACAAUUUCUGAAAUGUGAAUUCCCUUUCUAAAGGGCUACUGAGUGAUGAAUGGGCAGUGUUACUGUCUUAGUUACUUCUCUCACAUUACUGAGACAAAAUACCUGGCACCCAAAGUUAAAGGGAAAAGGUUUAUUUAGCUCACAUUUUAUAGAAGUUUCAGUCCAUACCAGCUGGCUCCAAGGCACAGUGGCACAGCUGACAGGCGUUGCAGAGGAGAAACAUUUCAUGGCAUGCAGAACAUAGCAAAGCAAGGAGACAAGCCUCUUUCUGUCCCUUGUAUUGUAUCCAGGCUAUAGGAAUUAGGGCAAUGGAGUGAUUUUGUAAUCAUCCCCACUAGUCCUAGCAGUAUACAAUCACGGAGAGUACUUUCAGCCAUUCUGGAAAAGCCCCACCUGUGUAUGCAUGAGGCUUUGGGAGAACAUCUAGACACGAGCCAUAAUAGUUAUUGACAGCGAUUUUACAGCAUGUAUUGUUUAUGUCUCAGAACUUCUACAUAGUGGUUUUUUGGAAGGUAAAAUAUUUAAAAAUUCAGGGAAGGAGAAUUAUGUAUAAAGAUAGUCUUAUGUAUUUCACAAGUGCAGAGUUUUGACUUUUUGUACUUUUAUUAUUUAGUUUCUAAGUUAAAAUAGACAUAAAUGGAUGCAGUAUUUCUUACACUGUUAAUAUCAGUAUUCAUAGACUGCUGCUAGCUGGAUAGCAGACAGUUUCAGGAUGAUAUACAAGAAUCGCUAAUCGAUGCUCUGAAAAUCAGUUGAAAAAAUAGUAUAUUUAACAUUAUAUUAAGAAUGUUGAGAAGUCUGCUCCUUUUCUACAACAGUAAAUUGUAAUUAUGAUGAAACUUAGUUUUCUAAGGAUUCAUGUUUCAGUUGCUCUUGAGUGGAUAUACCUAUACUGAGACCACUAACAACACCAUAGAAUGUGCUAGAGAAGUUGGAUGUGGUGGCACAUUCCUAUAAUACUAAUAUUAUAGAAGAGUAGGUCAGGAAGAUCACAAGUAUAAGCCUAGGCUGGAGAAUUUAGUAACUUAUAAGACCCUAUUUCUGAAAUAAAAAGGACUUGGGGAUGUAGUUUGGUGUGAAGACCAUGGGUUCAGCCCUCAGUUUAAGGCUGAGACUGGAGUGUUGCCACAAGUUUGAGGCCAACCUGGACUAAAUAGUGAUGCGUUCAGGGCCAACAUAAACUGCAUAGUGAGACCUUGUCCUAAAAAAAACAAAAAAACAAACCAAACUCUAGAGAUGAUUUUGGUUUAGGAAAUUUUCUCUUUUAUUUUUCAUAGUGUUGUAGUCAGGGGUUGUGAGGAGAACAAUUAGAAUCAGGACAUGGAGUUUAUAAUACUGUUUUAUGAUGGCCACCCAGAGUUAACACAAGAAAAUGCGGGAAAUCUGUCCACAACACCAAAGACAUAGAAUAUUUAGCCAAGGGUCUGAAUCCCACAGCAGUGUCCCACAUGAGUCCAGAUGAAGACCCAGAGCUCAUGAUAAUGCCUCCCACGAGUCUAACUGGAGGUCUAGAGCCCACAAGAAGGACUCAUGCCAGUCUCUUUUACGGAUCCAUGCUGGGAAGGCCUAGAAGUCAGCAGUGGAAGCUAGGAAGUCUAUGCCAGCAGGGUGAAGAAGCUGUACUGGUAGGUUGAAAGUUCUACGCUGGAGCCGAAAAGUGACACUCGGAACAAAGACCAGGGCUGUCCUGAAAAGUACCACAGCCAUCCUCAGCAACACAGAGGUUCUGAGCUCCUCCUCCAAUAACACAGUCGAGUACCUGUCAGGAAGCCAGCAUGACGAGUUCAUCCGGGAGACCAAGUGGCACACGUGUUCCUCUCUGGAGCCAGGAAGCAAGGCUCGAUGUGAGGACCAGAGCUUCUCCAGGAGAACCUUAAUGGCUCAAACAGCAACACGUAGGAGAACCCACAAUGCCUCAAGUAUCAACACAUAGCUUCUUCUCCAUUCUCUAUUUAAUGCUGGCAACUUUCCUCAGGUGAAACAACUAUGCUCAGCACCUUGCUGAUGUAAUCCAGCUGGCGUUAAGUUGACCACCAGUUUUUAAUCCAUAACACGUAGUACUAGAGAAUCUAGAGGUCUCUACCACUGAGCCACAUCCCUAGCUCUUUUUAUGUUUUAUUUUAAGCCGGGGUCUUGCUGAGCUGUCCAGUCUGGCCUCUCAUUUGCAUCAGCCUUCUGAGUAGCUGGGGCUGCAGGCAUUCAUUGCCAUGCUCUUAAUAGAUUUUACAUGUUGGUGCUAAAAUGAAAACAAAAAUCCUCAAUCACAGUCUUAGGAAAUACCUGACUUUCGGCAGGAUAGUGUGCUCCUUCACUUGAUCAAAUUACCUAAAAUCAAGCAAACAGAAAAACACCUCCAGCAUGUUGACCCAAUUAAGAAGCAUCAGGGAGAUAAAUUCAACCCAGUGUAUUUAAAAAUGACUACAAAACGAAGUUUGUUUGUGCGGUUGGUACCUUGUCGCUGUCUACGAGGGGAAGAAGAGACUGUUACUACUUUGGAUUAUUCUCAUUGCAGUUUGGAACAGGUUCCUAAAGAGAUUUUUACUUUUGAAAAAACUUUGGAGGAACUUUAUUUAGAUGCUAAUCAGAUUGAAGAACUUCCAAAGCAACUUUUUAACUGUCAGUCUCUACACAAAUUGAGUUUGCCAGACAAUGAUUUAACAGCAUUACCAGCAUCCAUUGCAAAUCUUAUUAAUCUCAGGGAACUGGAUGUCAGCAAAAAUGGAAUACAAGAGUUCCCAGAAAAUAUAAAAAACUGUAAAGUCUUGACAGUUGUGGAAGCCAGUGUAAACCCUAUUUCCAAGCUCCCUGAUGGUUUUUCUCAGCUGUUAAAUCUAACCCAGUUAUAUCUGAAUGAUGCUUUCCUUGAGUUCUUACCAGCUAAUUUUGGCAGAUUAACUAAACUCCAGAUAUUAGAACUUAGAGAAAACCAGUUGAAAAUGUUGCCUAAAACCAUGAACAGACUGACCCAGCUGGAAAGACUAGAUUUGGGAAGUAACGAAUUCUCAGAAGUGCCUGAAGUACUUGAACAACUAAGUGGAUUGAAAGAAUUUUGGAUGGAUGGUAAUAGACUGACUUUUAUUCCAGGGUUUAUUGGUAGUUUGAAACAGCUCACAUAUUUGGAUGUUUCUAAAAAUAAUAUUGAAAUGAUCGAAGAAGGAAUUUCAGCAUGUGAAAACCUCCAAGACCUCCUAUUAUCAAGCAAUUCACUUCAACAACUGCCUGAGACUAUUGGUUCACUGAAGAAUGUCACAACUCUUAAAAUAGAUGAAAAUCAAUUAAUGUAUCUACCAGAUUCUAUAGGAGGGUUAAUGUCAAUAGAAGAACUGGAUUGUAGUUUCAAUGAAAUUGAAGCUUUGCCUUCAUCUAUUGGACAGCUUAAUAACAUAAGAACUUUUGCUGCAGAUCAUAAUUACUUACAGCAGCUACCCCCAGAGAUUGGAAAUUGGAAAAAUGUAACUGUGCUGUUUCUCCAUUCUAAUAAACUUGAGCUACUUCCAGAGGAAAUGGGUGAUAUGCAAAAAUUAAAAGUCAUUAAUUUAAGUGACAAUAGAUUAAAGAAUUUGCCAUUUAGCUUUACAAAGCUGCAACAGUUGACUGCAAUGUGGCUCUCAGAUAAUCAGUCCAAACCCCUGAUACCUCUUCAAAAAGAAAGUGACUCAGAGACUCAGAAAAUGGUGCUUACUAACUACAUGUUCCCUCAGCAGCCAAGAACUGAGGAUGUUAUGUUCGUAUCUGAUAAUGAAAGUUUUAAUCCUUCCUUAUGGGAAGAACAGAGGAAACAGCGGGCCCAAGUUGCAUUUGAAUGUGAUGAAGACAAAGAUGAAAGGGAGGCACCUCCCAGGGAGGGAAAUUUAAAGAGAUAUCCAACACCAUACCCAGAUGAGCUUAAGAAUAUGGUCAAAACUGUUCAAACCAUCGUACAUAGAUUAAAAGAUGAAGAGACCAGUGAAGACUCUUUAAGAGAUUUGAAACCACAUGAAGACCAGCAAGUUACAAAUAAAGAUCUGGUUGUGAAGGUUAGAAAACUCAGUUCAGAAGAAUUGACCAAAUCCCAUUUCAAGGGUUCAGAAAGUACUACUCCAAUAAAAAGCAAAGUUGAUGAAAGAGAAAAGCACAUGAUAGGGAACUCUAUACAGAAGAUCAGUGAACCUGAAGCUGAGAUCAGUUCUGGGAAUUUACCAAUGACUGUAAAUAUGAAAGUCUCUGAGAACUUGAAGCAUAUUGUUAAUCAUGAUGACGUUUUUGAGGAACCUGAAGAACUUUCUUCUGAUGAAGAGAUGAAAAUGGCGGAGAUGCGACCACCAUUAAUUGAAACCUCUAUUAACCAGCCAAAAGUCGUAGCACUUAGUAACAACAAAAAAGAUGAAACAAAGGAUGCAGAUUCUUUAUCAGAUGAAGUUACACACAAUAGCAAUCAGAAUAACAGCAAUUGUUCGUCUCCAUCUCGGAUGUCUGAUUCAGUUUCUCUUAAUACUGAUAGUAGUCAAGACACUUCACUCUGCUCUCCAGUGAAACAAACUCACAUUGGUAUUAAUUCUCAAAUCAGGCAAGAAGAUGAGAAUUUUAACAACCUUUUGCAAAAUGGAGAUAUUUUAAACAAUUCACCCGAGGAAAAAUUCAAGGUUCAUGAUAAAAAAGAUUUUAACUUUCCUGAAUAUGAUUUAAAUAUCGAAGAACAAUUAGUUCUAAUUGAGAAAGGCAUUGACUCAACAGCCACAUCUGAUGAACCUCACAAAUUAGACCAUAUCAACAUGAAUCUUAAUAAACUUGUUAACAAUGAUACGUUUCAACCAGAGGUAAUGGAAAGAUUAAAGACACAGGAUGUAGUGCUUGGAGUAGGCUUUAACAACUCUAAAAAGGAAGCUGAGCAUUUGGAAAACGGUAACAAGUAUCAUAAUCUGGAAUCCAUAAAUAAGGUAAAUGGACAUUCUGAGGAAAUGCCACAGUCUCCUACUAGGACUGAACUACAAGAUACCAAUUCUUCUAUUGAUGUAGGUAUUUCCAAAAGCACAGAAGAUAUCUCGCCUCAGAGAAGUGGUCCAGUUGGAUCUGUUGUGAAAUCUCAUAGCAUAACUAAUAUGGAGACAGGAGGGUUAAAAAUUUAUGAUAUUCUUAGUGAUAAUGGACCUCAGCAGCCAAGUGCAGCAGUUAAAAUCACAGCUGCUGUUGAUGGAAAAAAUAUAGUCAGGAGCAAGUCUGCGACACUAUUGUAUGAUCAACCAUUACAAGUAUUUACUGGUUCUUCUUCGUCUUCUGAUUUAAUGUCGGGUACAAAGGCAGUUUUGAAGUUUGAUUCAAAUCAUAAUCCUGAAGAACCAGAUACAUUGAGAGCCCCCACAACAAGUAGCCCACAAUCUACAUCUCAAAUGUAUGGUUCUCCACAGUAUAACAUCCAGUAUAGUAGCAAUGCUGCUGUCAAAGACAGUUUGUGGUACUCCAAACAAAGUUCCCAGGUAGAUCCUGUUAGUUUUCCUCCUCAUCGCCUUCCUAGAUCAGAAAGCACAGAAAACCACAGCUAUGCUAAACAUUCUGCCAAUAUGAAUUUCUCUAACCAUAACAAUGUUAGAGCCAACACUGCAUACCAUUUACAUCAGAGACUUGGACCAACAAGACAUGGAGAAAUGUGGGCUGUUUCACCAAAUGACCGACUUGUUCCUGCUGUAAGUCGAGCUUCAGUUCAGCGACAAGGUAGUGUAUCCUCAGCAGCCUCUGUAAAUCUUGGUGAUCCAGGUUCCACAAGGCAUGCUCAGAUUCCUGAGGGAGAUUAUUUAUCAUACAGAGAGUUACAUUCAGUGGGAAGAACUCCUCCAUUGAUGUCAGGAUCGCAGAGACCUCUUUCUGCACGAACGUACAGCAUGGAUGGCCCGAAUGGGUCAAGGCCUCAGAGUGCUCGACCUUCUGUUAAUGAAAUAUCAGAGAGAACUAUGUCAGUUAGUGAUUUCAACUAUUCACGGACUAGUCCUUCAAAGCGACCAAAUGCAAGGGUUGGUUCUGAACAUUCUUUAUUAGAUCCUCAAGGAAAAAGUAAAGUUCCUCAUGAUUGGCGAGAACAAGUACUUCGACACAUUGAGGCCAAAAAGUUAGAAAAGAGCAUGCUGUCAAGGUCCUUUAAUUCCAAUUUCACUGCUGUAAGCAGCUCUCAGUAUGGCAGCUCUAGGGAUCUACAUGGCAGCCAGGGCAGUCUUGCCUUGAGUGUUGCAGACGGAAGAGGUUCUGGUGCGCACAUUUUUCAAAUGCCUUUGAGUAAUGGACAGAUGAGCCAGCCUCUCAGGCCUCAGGCAAAUUGUAGUCAAAUACAUCACCCCCCUCAGGCAUCUGUGGCAAGGCAUCCCUCUAGAGAACAACUAAUUGAUUACUUGAUGCUGAAAGUGGCCCACCAGCCUCCAUAUACACAGCCCCAUUGUUCUGCUAGACCAGGCCAUGAACUGGCAAAGCAAGAGAUUCGAGUAAGGAUUGAAAAGGAUCCAGAACUUGGAUUUAGCAUAUCAGGAGGUGUUGGAGGUAGAGGAAAUCCAUUCAGACCUGAAGAUGACGGUAUAUUUGUAACAAGGGUACAACCUGAUGGACCAGCAUCAAAAUUACUGCAACCUGGUGAUAAAAUUAUUCAGGCUAAUGGCUACAGUUUUAUCAAUAUUGAACAUGGACAAGCAGUGUCCUUGCUAAAAACUUUCCAGAAUACAGUAGAACUCAUCAUUGUACGAGAAAUAUCUUCAUAAACACUGUGGACAAAGAAAGGGGGUAGGGGGAGGACAGCAAGAUUUAUUGGAAGAUACUUGCAGGGGAAAUUAAUAUUUUGACUAUUUUUAUAUGUAAAGAAGAACUCAAUUCUGUUCAAAUUUGUACAUUAAUGAAAUGAAGCUUACAAUUAGAGGGAAAGAACCACUGUACAGAAGAAAAAGGAGACUGUUGAAUUCAUACCAUGUAAAACUUGUUAGGUUUUUAAACAUAGCGAUGAAGGCUACAAAAACAAACUUACGUUGUUUUGUAUAGAUUGUAGGUUUAUUUUUGGAUUUCAUACACAUGAAUGAACUGUGCAAGGCAAUAGUUAGCCUUGAUUGUAGCCCAGAGACAGAUGGCAGAGCUAUCUGUCUCACAGCUUUUAUGCCCUUAUUUUUAUUCAACUUUUGUUAAUGUUUUUUGCUGAAACUACUUUUUUGUUAUGUGGGCAAGAUAUUUGAAGUGUUGGCUUUUGCUAUGUGCAUACUGAAUUGAAGAAUGAGUAGGUGAAGGUGGUGCUGGUGGGUUCACUUUCCAAGGCCAGAUUAAAACAGUUUUUCUUACAAAAAUCUGGAAGCAAAAAUGACAAGAAAAGCUAUUAUUGUUUUUAUUAAUAGAAUAAUGCAAUAAAAUAUGUAAUGUCUUUUAAAGAAAUAAAAAGACAAUAAUUGCAUUUUAUGAGCUCUGUAAGGUCUGUUGUCACAGCCAUUGAUUAUACAUUUGCUACUGACGAUUCAAUUUUUAAUUUUUUAGUCACAGGAAAUUUUUAACUCUACUGUAAGUGCAUGUCCAUGCAUUCCUCAUGCUAUGGAAAUCCCUUUUUUUUUUUUAAAUGGUGAUCCUCGCAAUCGUUAUAGCUAGUGCUCUGUUUUAAUCUAAUUACUGCUUUGUUUUAAACAGCAAAUGGAACUAAAAUGGCCAGUUUUAAGAUUGUGCUGCCUAUAAACACAACAUGUAAGAAGGUUCAGGAAAGCCUCUUAAUUUUUGUUUGACUGUGAAUCGCCUUGGUAAAGUAAAAGGAAACAUGAAGUAGGUGUGGAGCUAGGAAACCAAAGCAAGUCUGUGAAAUUGGCACAGUGAUAAAAAAUUGCUGUGGAGAGUUGUAGAACAAAGGGAUGGGUUCUUGAGGCCUACCAGUGUGGAAGUGUUCAAAUAAAGGGCUGUUCCUGUUAGUAACUAAAUGUGAACUUGAUGCUUUAGAGUCUUUAAAGGGUUUCUAAAUGUAUCUGUGUAAUAGUGUUUUGCCACCAACUGCCUUUGUUCUAGUUACUGUAAGUUACAAGUGUUUGAUGGUAUAAGUUUAUUAAUUUUGUUUCUUGAUUUUGUUUUUGUUGUAUGUAAUCAAAUAAAAUUUGAGUAACAUGCAAUGGUAAGAAUUAAUGCAUGGUUAUUUGGACCAGAAAAACAUGCCAUAGAGGACAAGUAACUUUUUAGUUGAGGCUAGUCUAAAACAUUUUUUAGAGCCAUACUCAGUUCUUUCAUUCAUUUUUAAUUUCUAAGAAAUAUACGUAGGAAAAUUUUAAUGUUACCACUUUUCUUUUAAGACUUUUAUAAGACUAGCUAAAGUACCAAUCUAUACUAUUUCUGAAAAAGUGGAUAGGACUCACUUUCUAGUCAGAGUAAAUAGCACUUUUUAAAAAUAUGUUAAUUUAAAUAUUGCACAUCUUUCAAGAUGGUAUCAAUUGGGUAUUGUACUGUAUAGUUUUAAUAAUUUUGAUUGAAACCCUUUAACAACUCUUUGUAAAUUUUAGUGCAUUUUAGUUGAUAUUCAGUACUAUUUACAUAGGAAUUGAUUUUUAUGGAUAUAAUAGAAGAAAUGUGCUGUAUUUUGAUAAUUCACUUGUAUAUGUGUUGUAACCUCUUAAAGAAUGACAGUUUCUUUAAGACAAAUCUUGGUGUUCCCUUUAUUCUGUUGGUUUUAAAAUUUUGGCUUUGUAAAAUGGUCACAUCCUUAAUUUCAAAUUUUCAUUCCACUUCUUAUUAGAAAUUUAUAAAAUAGUUCCAAAAUUAUAAUUUUGGAAUAGGAAGUAAGCCUUACAAAUAAUUGAUUCUUUAGUGAUCUACUUUUAAAUUCAUUAUCUGCAUACUAUAUUGAAACAUUACACAUGUAACAAGUACUGGCAUUUCAUUUCUUUCUAGUUAAUUUUAAAAUUUUGUAACAUUCUGUAACAGGUAGAAUUAAGAAAGUUUAUUACCAAGAAGAAUAGUACAUGAUACAAUAUGAAAAAAGAAAAAAAGGUUUUGUACUUCAUAGCCAAAGUUUUUUCCAAAAUAUUGGAAAACUAAAAAAAUAUAAACUUGUAUAUAUCUGUUAAUGGUAGUAACCAACUUUCAAAAUUUGGUACACUAAUUUAAAUCUUUUGAGGAAAUGGAGGACUGUUUAGGGUUUUUUCCCCCUGUGCCUAACUGCAAACUGUUCUAUUGAGUAAAUUGUAGUUAAGGCCUGUGCUCUUUACUGACUUCAGCAAGUAUGAUAUUGCAAAUUUUCAAAACCAGAACUGCCUUCUUUUAAGUUCUUAAAAAUUUCUUACCCUAAGCAGUAAAAUUUUAUACCAGUGAAAGUAGCAUUGAUCAAAGCAAUUUAUUCAGUAUUGAAUUAGUAACACAGACUAGUUUUAUGUUGAUUUAUUAAGGAAUCAUCAGUUCAUCUGAAUCAGUAGUCUUAUAAAUUAUAUAUUUAUCUUGUAAAUAUUUUUCUGAUCUCUUUGGACUGAUAUUAAAUAUGUAUAUAUACUUGAAAAGUUCUUUUGAACACAAACAGAACUUGCUGUACUUUAAAACAUCACAUUAGCAGCUGUGUAAUAUUUCUAUCAGCAUCUGUCCAACAUUCCAAAUUUUGUAUAUAUCUAGAUUGUUUAAAGUAACACAUAGAGGGUAGAAAAUAAAAGACUGGUGUUUUAA